GGAACAAACCUAAUUUCGUAUAGCUGGUAAUUAAUGGGUUAAUGUUGGUACAAUACUAACAAUGAGUUCCCCCUGCUGUACAACGACCACACUGCAUGAAAAGACGACACAAAAGAAACUUCCAUCACACAUCUUUAAUAAAAAUGUGAACUAUUGUUACAGAGAGGCAGACAUAUUUUGCAUUGCUGUUGAUAUAAAAAUAUUCAGUGGAAUAUUACAGUUGAAAUGUUCAUGUCACCAUCACAAAUGUGUGUAUUAUAGGUUGAUAUUUUAUGCAGAUAUGAGCAGGAAGUGAAGCUCUGAGCCCGUUAUAGCUGCUUCAUCCGGGCUGCUGGUCUCACCACACUGACCUAACCUCACCCUUAGAACGUCGAUUAGCUGACGCACACAUCCUCACAAUCUUUCUUUAAUCGACUCAUUCACUUUGUUGUGAAUAAAUAUGAGUACCUCCUAGUCUCCUCCCGUCAUUUGUCUCCCGUGUUUUCAGUCAACCCCAAACUAAGGGUUCCUGUAGUAUAACUGAACCUCAUCAGUCCGCGUGGUUCUUCAGCUUCUCGCAAAGUCCUUGUCGACUUCUCCGGCCUCUGAUUGUCAAACAAAUGCACGUUGGCCAUGAGGGGGAGGAGCAGCACAAAUUCCAACAUAUUGUUGCUUAAAGACAAUUACAAAGUUGGCUUACUAUCAGCUGUAGAAUAUACCAAGAAUUAGAGGACAAGUGUCCCAGCAGGACUUGGAAAACGCUGAAAGUCGUCCAUAUUGAUGCUUUAAACUGUGUGGACGGUUCUAUUGCAGGUUGUUUCCAGCUCACAACAGCAACACCUGACCAUCAAAUGACUAAAGUGACCGAAGCAUGAGGGCUUACAGUUUCAGCCUGCAGGUGUGUCUGCAGAUAUCUUGUGUUUAUGUUUUUAACAGCUGACCUUUUUAUUUCAAACUGCCUGACUUUACGUGUUUGUAUCAAUGUUUUCACAUCAUAGCAGUCCGCUUCGUUCUUUGGCUCUGCCCAAUGACGCUAAUCUAUCAACUGAGGUGUUACCACCACCACAGCAGCUCAGUCAGUAUGAACUUCAUUUUGAAAAAAAUCUAACUGUCAAAUUUAGGGUUACAUGAGCAGCAUGAAUAGGCCACACAGGAAGAAGCCCCUCCUCAGUUACACUUCAGUUCAGCUUGGUGUUCAGACAGUCAACAUGGAGGUCGACGCGCUCUGCAUCAAACUCUUGGUCCACAUGUUAUUUCUGCUGUGUGCACAUGUUCAGGACGUUGAUUCACUGAUUCUCCGUCUUGAACCAAACAGACUGCAGUUCUUUGAAUACGAGUCUCUGAUCUUCCAUUGUGAGGGCUCUCAUGACUCGACUGGAUUGAAAAUUGUACAUCGGUCCAAAGGGGAAUUACUCAAAUGUCAAACUACAGUGACAUCAAAAAGGUCAUCCUGCACAAUUCAUGAUAUUUUUCCAGAGGACAGUGGGCAAUACUGGUGUGAGUCUAGAGAUGGGAAGAGAAGCGACAUCAUCCAUAUCACUGUUACUGAUGGUCCUGUGAUCCUGGAGAGUCCGAUCAGUGUGGUGGAGGGAGAGGCUGUGACUCUGCGCUGCAAACACAAGACGACCUCUACCAAUCUCUCAGCUGAUUUCUACAAAGAUAGCCGCUUUAUCAGAAGAAGCUCAACAGGAAACAUGAGCAUCCCCAGUGUUUCCAAACGUGAUGAAGGAUUCUACAAGUGUAACAUCUCUGGAGGAAGAGAAUCAGCUGAGAGUCUGAUGGCUGUCCAAGAUGGUCCUGUGAUCCUGGAGAGUCCCAUCAGUGUGGUGGAGGGAGAGACUGUGACUCUGCGCUGCAGACACAAGACAAACUCUACCAAUCUCUCAGCUGAUUUCUACAAAGAUGGCCGCUUUAUCAGAAGAAGCUCUACAGGAAACAUGAGCAUCUCCAGUGUUUCCAAACGCGAUGAAGGAUUCUACAAGUGUAUCAUCUCUGGAGGAAGAGAAUCAGCCGAGAGUCUGAUGGCUGUCCAAGCUGAUCCUGUGAUCCUGGAGAGUCCGAUCAGUGUGGUGGAGGGAGAGACUGUGACUCUGCGCUGCAGACACAAGACGACCUCAUCCAAUCUCUCAGCUGAUUUCUACAAAGAUGGCCGCCUUAUCAGAAGAAGCUCUACAGGAAACAUGAACAUCUCCGGUGUUUCCAAACGUGAUGAAGGAUUCUACAAGUGUAGCAUCUCUGGAGGAAGAGAAUCAGCCGAGAGUCUGAUGGCUGUCCAAGCUGAUCCUGUGAUCCUGGAGAGUCCCAUCAGUGUGGUGGAGGGAGAGGCUGUGACUCUGCGCUGCAGACACAAGACGACCUCAUCCAAUCUCUCAGCUGAUUUCUACAAAGAUGGCCGCCUUAUCAGAAGAAGCUCUACAGGAAACCUGAGCAUCCCCAGUGUUUCCAAACGCGAUGAAGGAUUCUACAAGUGUAGCAUCUCUGGAGGAAGAGAAUCAGCCGAGAGUCUGAUGGCUGUCCAAGAAAACCAGGGAGAGAAUUUCUCAUCCUGUUCUACCCCAUGGAUAGUUAUGACUGUUUUAUCGAUUCUGUUGUUGCUGGUUGGACUUCUUCAUUUUGGCAAAUAUAUUCGGAACAAAGUGAUGCUGUACUUGUUCACACUGGCACCUCAGUCAGGCACAGCUGAGGUUCAAACAGUCACUGUUGAGGCACGUCGAGUGGCAGCAGAUGCACCAAGCGACCAAGCGAUGUAUGCUGCGAUUACAAAAGACAGGACAAAGAGAGUCACUGUUGAGACCCGUCGAGUGGCAGCAGAUGCACCAAGCGACCAAGCGAUGUAUGCUGCGAUUACAAAAGACAGGACAAAGAGAGAGCAAGGAGUAUCCAGAAUCAUGACGGCGACAGUUCACUCAGCUGGUACCAACCGACCUUUGACACAGGAACCCCUCUAUUCUUUGAUCAAGUAGGUCGCAGCGUGACGGCUGACUGAAGGACGAGCAGCACAUGAGACGUUUGGUUGAACCUGAUGUGUGAAAAAACACUUUUUAUUUUAUUUUGCAUUGUAGAAAUGGUUUCCAUGCUUUGCGCCCUACAUGUGUUGAUGUUUAAAGAUAUAUUAAAGAGAUGCGGUUUGUA